UAUUUAUCCUUGCUUUUAAGAUGUAAAAUGGAAGAGUUGAGGAAGAAGUAGAAGAAGGAAGAAUAAUGGGAGAUGAAUACCAACUUCCACAAAGAACCCUAUGGAGCAACGUAGAGAGAAGAUGCUUAAACCUUCUCCAAUGCAAGACAAAGAGCGUUACCACCCUUCUUCAAAUCCACGCCUUUAUGCUCCGACAUUCUUUCCACAACAACCUCAACCUCCUCACCGCUUUCAUCACCACCCGCGCCUCCCUCGCCGUCGUCUCCCCUACGCGCCAUCACGCGCUCGUACAACACGCGCGCUCCUUCUUCGACCUCGUCCGCAUCCGCGACACCUUCCUCUGCAACUCCAUGAUCGCUACUCACUUCGCGGCUCGCCAGUUCUCCGAGCCUUUCACCCUCUUCCGAGACCUUCGCCGCAAAACGCCGCCUUUUACGCCUGAUGGGUACACCUUCACCUCGCUCGUGAAGGGUUGCUCGGCUCGUGUGGCCAGGCGGGAGGGUUCGCAGCUUCACGGGGUGGUUUUAAGAAACGGGCUUUGCUUUGAUUUGUACGUGUCAACUGCUUUGGUGGAUAUGUAUGUGAAGUUUCGGAUUUUGGAUGAUGCCAAGAAGGUGUUUGAUGAAAUGUCUGUAAAGAGCAUGGUUUCGUGGACCGCGGUUAUUGUGGGGUAUGCGAGGUGUGGGAAUAUGGGUGAGGCUAGGAGGCUUUUCGAUGAGAUGGAGGAUCGGGACGUUGUUGCUUUCAACGCAAUGAUUGAUGGGUAUGUAAAGACGGGAUGUGUGGAUUUGGCGAGGGAGUUGUUUGAUGAGAUGGAGGAGAGGAACGUGGUUUCUUGGACUAGUAUGAUUUCUGGGUAUUGUGGUAAUGGUGAUGUUGAAAAUGCUAGGUUGAUGUUUGACGUUAUGCCGGAAGGAAGAAUAAUGGGAGAUGAAUACCAACUUCCACAAAGAACCCUAUGGAGCAACGCAGAGAGAAGAUGCUUAAACCUUCUCCAAUGCAAGACAAAGAGCGUUACCACCCUUCUUCAAAUCCACGCCUUUAUGCUCCGACAUUCUUUCCACAACAACCUCAACCUCCUCACCGCUUUCAUCACCACCUGCGCCUCCCUCGCCGUCGUCUCCCCUACGCGCCAUCACGCGCUCGUACAACACGCGCGCUCCUUCUUCGACCUCGUCCGCAUCCGCGACACCUUCCUCUGCAACUCCAUGAUCGCUACUCACUUCGCGGCUCGCCAGUUCUCCGAGCCUUUCACCCUCUUCCGAGACCUUCGCCGCAAAACACCGCCUUUUACGCCUGAUGGGUACACCUUCACCUCGCUCGUGAAGGGUUGCUCGGCUCGUGUGGCCAGGCGGGAGGGUUCGCAGCUUCACGGGGUGGUUUUAAGAAACGGGCUUUGCUUUGAUUUGUACGUGUCAAGUGCUUUGGUGGAUAUGUAUGUGAAGUUUCGGAUUUUGGAUGAUGCCAAGAAGGUGUUUGAUGAAAUGUCUGUAAAGAGCAUGGUUUCGUGGACCGCGGUUAUUGUGGGGUAUGCGAGGUGUGGGAAUAUAGGUGAGGCUAGGAGGCUUUUCGAUGAGAUGGAGGAUCGGGACGUUGUUGCUUUCAACGCAAUGAUUGAUGGGUAUGUAAAGACGGGAUGUGUGGAUUUGGCGAGGGAGUUGUUUGAUGAGAUGGAGGAGAGGAACGUGGUUUCUUGGACUAGUAUGAUUUCUGGGUAUUGUGGUAAUGGUGAUGUUGAAAAUGCUAGGUUGAUGUUUGACGUUAUGCCGGAUAAAAAUUUGUUUACUUGGAAUGCCAUGAUUGGAGGCUGUUGCCAGAAUAGAAGAUCUCAUGAAGCGUUGGAGUUGUUUCGUGAAAUGCCAACGAUAUUGGUGGAGCCAGAUGAGGUAACUGUUUUGUGUGUUCUUCCCGCUGCGGCUGAUUUGGGUGCGUUGGAUUUGGGGGGCUGGAUUCACAGGUUUGCCCAAAGGAAAAAGUUUGAUAGGUCUAUUCGUGUUGGCACUGCUUUGAUUGAUAUGUACGCAAAAUAUGGUGAAAUUAUGAAAGCGAAAUUGGUUUUUGAGGAGAUGAAUGAGAGGGAAACGGCUUCGUGGAAUGCUUUGAUAAAUGGUUUUGCAGUCAAUGGCUGUGCCAAGGAAGCAUUGGAGGUGUUUGCUAGGAUGAUGGAAGAAGGGUUUGGACCAAAUGAGGUAACUAUGAUUAGUGUACUAUCUGCUUGCAACCAUUGUGGUUUGGUGGAGGAAGGAAGAAGAUGGUUCAACGAAAUGGAGAGAUUUGGAAUUGUGCCUGAGAUUGAGCAUUAUGGUUGUGUGGUUGACCUUCUAGGAAGAGCUGGAUGCCUGGAUGAGGCUGAAAAAUUAAUUCAAGCCAUGCCUUAUGAUGCUAACGGGAUAAUACUGAGUUCUUUUCUCUUUGUUUGUGUUUACUUCAAUGAUGUAUCGAGGGCAGAGAAAGUUCUUAAAGAGGUGGUGAAAAUGGAUGAGGAUGUUGCGGGAAACUAUGUGAUGUUGAGAAACAUGUAUGCUACGGAGCAAAGGUGGAGAGAUUUGGAGGGUGUUAAACAAAUGAUGAAGAAAAGAGGAACAAGUAAAGAGGUUGCUUGCAGUGUUAUUGAGGUGGAUGGAAGCUUUAGUGACUUGUUCCUCCUUACGCCCCAGGCUGAAAGGCCUUGUUUCUCCCAUUGGUUCCAUCCGGUCAUCGGUAUUAGUUCUUGGAUCCAAGUCUGCCAUGGCCACCUCUAA